AAUAAUGGAAUGGUCCAAAAUUCAACCAAAAUAAUGGUUUUCCAUUCUGAUUCUGUAACUUUACACCAUAUCUUCCAUCCCACCACAACCCCUUCUCUCUCUCUCUCUCUCCAUUUAUUUCCUCUGUCGAAUCUUACCCACUCCAUAACCAGUAAAGGCUAUGGAAACCCACCUCCCUGCUCUCUGCUUCUUCCCUCUUCCACGCUCUGCUUCCCUGUGGCGCUCCCAUAGCCUUCAACAAUCCACAGAUCAACCCCUAAAGUAAGGGGCACUCCACAAUCUCUGAAUCCCACUCAAUAUGGAAUGCAGGUCAACAGCCUUAUAGCUGGGAGCAACAUUAACUUGUUUGAUUGUUCUUAAUUAUCAACACAGAAGGAAAAGAAGGGCGCCAUUGUUUUGGAAGCCUCUGGUUCUUAACUUUCUACACUGCCCAUUCAACCAUGGAAACUUUGAAUUUCAACUUAGAAGCUGCAAAAGAUUCAGAAGCCAGCAGCAGCCAAGAAGAUAAUCCUGAUCACUCCAACACCGCCACUACCACCUCUUCUUCCUGCCCUCCAAGCUCAAGUAAAGCUGUCGUUGCUGAUACGACGCCCAUUUCGCUUGACUUGACACUUCGGUUUAACUCCACUGAUGCCGAGUUGAAUGGCGAUAUCGAGAUCCAUGGUGAAACAAGUAGUAACAAACCAUCUUCUGCAACGAUGCCAAGAGUUUUCUCUUGCAAUUACUGUCGGCGCAAGUUCUACAGCUCGCAGGCGCUCGGUGGGCAUCAAAACGCACACAAAAGAGAGAGGACGAUGGCUAAACGUGUGACCCGGAUGGGAAUGUUCUUUGAUCGGUACAGAAGUCUGGCUUCUCUGCCGCUGCAUGGCUCAGCCCUUAGGUCCCUUGGCAUUGAAGCUCAUGGUGCAUUCCACCAAGCAGUUCUAACUUCAGAUCAGAGGCCUUACAAUCCUGGUAGGAGCGUCGGAGCAAAAUUUGAGCAGAGCUCGUUUGGAUUCCCGACAUUUGUCGAGGAGUACGAUGAUGAUGUCGUGGGAUUUUGGCCAGGAAGUUUCAAGCAGGUGGCUGCCAAAGUUGACAGCAGUUUAGGUCCCAUGAAAACCACAACUCAAAGUUCAAAUUCAGAGUUUGGAAAAACAAUGCCUCCACCAAGAACAGAAGCAUCAUCACCUGAUCUCACGUUGAAACUUUAGUAAGUAAAUUUUCCUCUUUGAUGCCUUCUCCUUGAUGUAUCAACUUUUGUAAAGUGGGAUGUGUUUGCCAUUGUCUGCCAUUUUUUAGUGGCUCUAAGUUUGAAUAUUGAAUAAAUCUUCAAUUUUUUUUUUUUGCCCAUUA